GCUGGCACGUGACGGCGGGACUGUCCCUCGGGGCCAGGCCCGCCUGUCCCUCCCGGCCUCCAGAUCGGCCGUUUCCUUGGCGACCGAGUCUCCCGGGCAGGACGCCCGGCACAGGCAACGGGGCACGGCCCGGGCUAGGCAGAACCCGGCUGGCCAUGGACGCGGCGGACACGGCGGUGGAGAAGUUGCGCGCGCAGUGCCUGGCCCGGGGGGCGACGGGCAUCCAGGGCCUGGCCAGGCUCUUCCGCCGGCUGGACCAGGACGGCAGCCGCGCCCUGGACGCCGCCGAACUGCAGCGGGGCCUGGCCGAGCUGGGGCUGGAGCUGGGGGCGGCCGAGGCGGAGGCCGUGUGCGGCCGCUGGGACCGGGACGGCAGCGGCACUCUGGACGUGGGCGAGUUCCUGCGGGCGCUGCGGCCUUCCAUGUCUCAGGCCCGCCAAGACGUGGUGGCCGCCGCCUUUGCUAAGCUGGACCGCAGCGGGGACGGUGUGGUGACCCUGGACGACCUGCGGGGCGUCUACAGCGGCCGGGCCCACCCCAAGGUGCGCAGUGGGGAGUGGACGGAGGACGACGCGCUCCGCUGCUUCCUGGACAACUUCGACUCGUCCGAGAAAGACGGGCAGGUCACGAUGGCCGAGUUCCAGGACUACUACAGCGGCCUCAGCGCCUCCAUGGACAGCGACGAGGAGUUCGUGGCCAUGAUGACCAGCGCCUGGCGGUUGUGAGAGGCACCCCGCUCCCGCCUCGGCUCCCCCAAGCCCAGCAGCCCUCUCCUUUGGGUCAGGUGGAGGCCCCAUCCCCCUUACCCUGUCCCAUCCCGUCCCAGAUCUGCGGAUCCUGGUGUCCGGGAGGCCCCCGCUUUCCGAGCAAUCGGAGGCCUGGAAAGUAGGCUCAGCAAGGAGAUAGAUGGGUCUCUGUCUCUGUCGCUGGUGGCGGUGCGAGGGUAGGUGGGUGGGUGGGUAGGUGGGGGCGUCCCCCGUGGAUCCUGGCCAGGCUUUUAGUUAAAAGUUUUAAUGUAGAUCCAAAUACAUCUCAUAUGACAAUCUUACACAA